AUGUCGGCAACAACAGCAAAGCGAUUGGUGGUCUGUGGUGGCAACGGUUUCCUAGGCUCACGGAUCUGCAAGUACGCCGUACAGAGAGGAUGGGACGUCACAAGUGUCAGCCGCUCUGGUGAACCCCGCUGGGACACAGUCACCUCGUCCGCCUCGCCGCCGUCCUGGUCCCACAAGGUGACCUGGGAGCGCGCCGACAUGCUCCAGCCGUCGACCUACGCGCCGCUCCUCAAGGGCGCCGACUAUGUCGUCCACAGCAUGGGCAUCCUCCUCGAGGCCGACUACAAGGGCGCCAUCUCCGGUCGCGAGUCCCCCCUCGCCGGCCUCCAAAAGGCCUUUGCCCCCGUCAAGGACCGCGGCAUCGUGAACCCGCUGCAGCAGGAGCCCGGCAAGGAGAACAUCCGUCCGACCAACCCGGCCGACCAGUUCUCCUACGAGGUCAUGAACCGCGACAGUGCCGUCAUGCUCGCCAAGCAGGCCGCCGCCGAGGACGCGAGCGCCUUCGUCUACGUCUCGGCCGCCGGCGGCGCCCCCGUGCUGCCGGCCCGUUACAUCACCACCAAGCGCGAGGCCGAGAGCAUCAUCGCCUCCGAGUUCCCCCGCAUGCGCGGCGUCUUUAUGCGCCCGCCCUUCCUCUACGACAGCUCGCGCAAGUUCACCCUGCCCAUGGCCGCCGUGACCGGCGCCGGCGCCCUCUUCAACACGGUUACGGGCGGUGUCUUUGGCGGCCUCCUCGGUGCCGGCGGCGCCAAGCCGCUGCCCGUCGAGACGGUGGCCGAGGCCGUCGUCGAGGCUCUCGAUGACGACAAGGUCAGGGGACCCAUUGAGAUUCCGCAAAUCGAGGAGCUGGCCAACAAGUCGUGGAGGAAAAACAUGCUGUGA